AUGUUGUUUCUAGCCUCUACUGUCUUGACGUUUCUUGCUCUUAUUCUCAUCCCUUGUCUCUCCAUCUCUAGGCGUCUAAGUGUUCCCCUCUCCUUUACAAACAUCCGCAGAUUCAUGAAAACCGCGACUUCUAUAUACAAUGAAGAAGAAGAAGAAGGCAAGAACGAGGAACGUGGUACAAAUGGAGAGAAAGAGAAACUAGGGAGAUUGCCAAAUCAUGUGGCGAUAGUAUUGGACGGAAACAGUCGUUGGGCGAAGAAAAAAGGAAUCCGUGUAUCGGAAGGUCACGAAACCGGAGCGAGAACUGUCGUGGAGCUUGCACUGGUUUUGUUCAGUAAAGGGAUAAACACUGUCUCACUCUUUGCUUUCUCCACUGACAAUUGGGGAAGACCCGAGACCAUGUUUGAGAAAAACUUGAGGGAGGAGAUACCUUCGUUCCACAGGACCACAGGUACAUAUGAAGUCAAGCUCUCGGUUAUCGGGCACCGGACAAAUAUCCCCAAGUCGCUUCUAGGUGCAAUACUAGAGGUAGAAGAUGUUACAAAGAUGUACAAAGAUAGGCACCUCAUUAUGGCGAUUGACUAUAGUGGAAGGUUUGAUAUCUUGCAAGCCUGCAAAAGUCUUGCUGAAAAGACGAAAAACGGGCUGAUCCAAGUGGAGGACAUCGACGAAAAUAUGAUGGAGAAAGAGUUGAUGACAAACUGUAGUGAGUUCCCAAAUCCUGACCUAUUGAUCAGAACUAGCGGAGAGCAACGGAUCAGUAACUUCUUCCUAUGGCAAUCUGCUUACACUGAGCUCUACUUUCCUAGCGUUCUGUGGCCUGACUUCAACAAGGCUGAGUAUCUCCAGGCAUUGACUUGGUAUCAGCAGAGGGACAGACGAUUCGGUCGCAGAGUUUAA